UGCAAAAAAAAAAAAAAAAAGCUCUGCAGCUGGACUGCACCUCGAUGAACCUAAUUGGUACACUGUGAGCGACCACCAUCCCUCCACCGGAUUUCCCCCGCGCCCGACUUCCACCCAGAACCUAUGCAUCUGCUCAGACGGACCCUUUUGAGGAGUUGAACAGAUCGGUUCGGAGAAAAUGGCACAACGAGUGGUUUUGUUGCUCCUGUGGCUCUGUGACGGAUCAUUCGCAGGUUUCCCCAAUCAGAUCAAUAUCGGGGGGCUGUUCAUGCGUUCCACGGUGCAGGAGCACAGCGCGUUCAGGUUCGCCGUCCAACUCUACAACACCAACCAAAACACCACGGAGAAGCCUUUCCACCUCAACUACAACGUCGACAACUUGGAGUCCUCCAACAGCUUUUCAGUCACCCAUGCGUUUUGCUCCCAGUUCUCCCGCGGCGUGUACGCCAUCUUCGGAUUCUACGACAAGAAGUCCAUGAACACCUUGACCUCGUUCUGCGGCGCCCUGCACACCUCCUUUGUCACGCCGAGUUACCCCACCGACAACGAGGUGCAGUUCGUCAUCCAGAUGCGCCCCGCCCUGCGCGGCGCCGUCCUCAGCCUGCUCUCUCACUACAAGUGGCAGAAGUUUGUCUAUCUCUACGACACGGACCGAGGUUUCUCCAUACUGCAGGCCAUAAUGGAGGCAGCAGUAGCCAACAACUGGCAGGUAACCGCCCGCUCUGUUAGCGGCACAACAGAUGCUGCGGAGUUCAAGCGCAUCAUUGAGGAGAUGGAUAGGAGGCAGGAGAAGCGCUUUGUGAUUGACUGCGAGGUGGACAGGAUCAACAACAUAUUAGAACAGUUUGUGACCCUGGGGAAGAACAGCCGUGGUUACCACUACAUCCUGGCCAAUCUGGGAUUUACCAACGUGAGCUUGGACAAAGUCUUCGCCGGUGGAGCCAACAUUUCAGGCUUUCAGAUCGUCAACCCCGAGAACCCGAUUGUGCAGCAGUUUAUGCAGCGCUGGGAGCGGCUGGAUGAAAGAGAAUUCCCAGAAGCCCGAAACACUCCUCUGAAGUACACUUCAGCUCUGACCCACGAUGCCAUCCUGGUGAUAGCAGAGGCUUUCAGGUACUUGCGGCGCCAACGCGUGGACGUCUCUCGCAGGGGCAGCGCUGGAGACUGCCUGGCCAAUCCCGCCGUACCUUGGAGCCAAGGCAUCGACAUCGAGAGAGCUCUUAAAACGGUUCAAGUGCACGGUAUGACUGGGAACAUCCAGUUUGACAACUACGGCCGCAGGACCAACUACACCAUUGAUGUUUAUGAGAUGAAAACAGGUGGUCCGCGGAAGAUCGGGUACUGGAACGAGUACGCACGAUUUGUAAAUAUUAUGGACCCGCAGGUCUCCAACGACUCCUCAGUGGAAAACCGAACGAUUGUUGUCACUACUAUCAUGGAAGCUCCUUAUGUGAUGUACAAGAAAAAUUAUAUGCAUCUGGAUGGGAAUGACAGAUAUGAAGGCUACUGCGUCGAUUUAGCAUCUGAGAUCGCCAAACAUGUUGGAAUUAAGUACAAACUGUCUAUAGUAAUGGAUGGGAAGUACGGAGCCCGAGACCCCGAGACCAAGACGUGGAACGGGAUGGUGGGUGAACUGGUCUAUGGGAGAGCAGAUAUAGCUGUUGCACCUCUGACCAUUACUCUGGUUCGAGAGGAGGUGAUAGACUUUUCCAAGCCCUUUAUGAGCUUGGGCAUCUCCAUUAUGAUAAAGAAGCCACAAAAGUCCAAGCCGGGCGUUUUCUCCUUCCUGGACCCGCUGGCCUAUGAGAUCUGGAUGUGUAUUGUGUUUGCCUACAUUGGGGUGAGCGUGGUCCUGUUCCUGGUCAGUCGGUUCAGUCCUUACGAGUGGAACCUCGAGGAACAGGACGAGACUAAAGACCCCCAGACGCCCCCCGAUCCUCCCAAUGACUUUGGCAUCUUCAAUUCCCUCUGGUUCUCACUGGGCGCCUUCAUGCAGCAGGGCUGUGACAUCUCCCCCAGGUCUCUUUCAGGCCGUAUCGUUGGUGGUGUGUGGUGGUUCUUCACCCUCAUCAUCAUAUCCUCCUACACAGCCAAUCUGGCUGCCUUCCUGACAGUGGAGAGGAUGGUCUCUCCUAUAGAAAGUGCCGAAGAUUUAGCCAAGCAGACAGAGAUCGCAUACGGCACUCUGGACUCAGGCUCCACAAAGGAGUUUUUUAGGCGAUCCAAAAUAGCCGUGUACGAGAAGAUGUGGUCAUACAUGAAAUCCGCUGAGCCCUCGGUGUUUGUUAAGACCACACCCGAUGGCGUAGCCCGGGUACGAAAGUCAAAGGGCAAGUUCGCCUUCCUCCUCGAGUCCACCAUGAACGAGUACAUCGAGCAGCGGAAGCCCUGCGACACCAUGAAAGUGGGCGGGAACCUCGACUCGAAAGGAUACGGCGUGGCGACGCCCAAAGGCUCAGCAUUAAGAAAUGCUGUUAACCUGGCAGUUUUAAAACUGAAUGAGCAAGGCCUCUUGGACAAAUUGAAAAACAAAUGGUGGUACGACAAGGGAGAGUGCGGCAGCGGGGGAGGUGACUCCAAGGACAAGACAAGUGCUCUCAGCCUAAGCAAUGUGGCUGGUGUCUUCUAUAUUCUGGUUGGAGGGCUGGGGCUGGCCAUGAUGGUGGCUCUGAUAGAGUUCUGUUAUAAAUCAAGGCAAGAAACCAAACGGCUGAAAUUGGCCAAGAAUGCCCAGAAUUUUAAGCCGGCUCCCCCGACCAACACCCAGAACUUUGCCACAUACAGAGAAGGCUACAACGUGUACGGAACCGAGAGCGUUAAGAUCUAGAGGUUUAGGAAACAUUUCCAUUGUCCCUUACAACUGUGACUGAACAUCUGGAGGAACGGACAGGAUCACGAGGAUUGAGCUCCAAGCCAAAUCUUCUCGGACGCGAUAAUCUGCAAUGACGACACGACUGGACUGGUCACGGGAAGAGCCGCUACGGUUCCCUCCUCUCAGUGCCUUACGGAACUCUGAGUCCAAUCAAUGCAACUCAUUCACACAAUGAUAUUGCUUUUUGCUUGAAACUCAUACAAAAACAGAAGAAUGGUGCAGUGAUUGAAAUAUAUAAAUCUAUGUAUAUAUAGAUAUAUAUAUAUAUACAUAAUACAUUUGACAUGUUAAAAUGAAUGAGAGAACUAAAGCCAUCAUUUGCAACCCGAAGCACACUUUGAAGUGCCAGAAAGACGACGAAUCUUGUACAACAAUUGUCUAAUUGGUUUUCUUGUAAUCAAUAUGAUCAGAUUACUCUUCAUCCUACUGCUACCAGAUUUUCACUGGUUAUAUAUGUUCAAAUCGUUUUAUUAGAUCUAUUCAGUGCACUGUAAGACACUGGUUAGUUGACUAUAGCUUUUAUACUGCUGUGAGUCACUUAUAGUGACCUCGUACCUGUUUUAGAAGACAGAUUGAUCUUAUUGGAGCGAGAUGCCAUUCAGCCCCGAAAACAAUUAUCAGUGUGUCGUUUGGACUCUAAACUCUGGUGCUGCUGCCACUGUCUUCUGAACGUUUGAAGGGACUCGUGAAGGCGAGACAAGGAUCUGGUUUGGCUUUUAGGCACUACAGAACCAGGUCGUAAUUCGCACUUCCAAUACUGCCAAGAGUGGGUUUUGUACGAUAAAGAGGGUUUAAAGCAAAGUAUUCAUGCUUGAGCUAAAAAAGAAAUAAUGUUUGUGAUCUCCAGUUUGUAAAAUAUCAAAGGAGCACUGAUUCACCGAGGUUCGUCUCUUUGCAAAACAAUCUUUCUUUGAAGUUUAGAGUCAUUCGAGUCUCCUGUACGUGAAAGUUAAACCAAACAAAAACGGCAAUUCAACUGUAGAAUAACUGCAAUCCAAUUAAAGGAUAACAGUAAUGGCUUUGAAACUGUAGUAUUUUGGAUUACUUUACCAUUUUCUUUAACGGUUGCAAAUUUUUACAGCAAGUGGUCUGCUUUUAAUUUAAUUUCCUCUAAUGAGCAUUACAGUGUUUGGUAACUUCACUUAGUAAAUGAAAAAUGUAUGAAUACAACGGAAAAUACAUUUACACAAGGUUAUACCAGGGAGAGCCCUGAAGCUUAGCACAUUUUCAUAUCGCUGUGAUCAUUUCUUUUCUUUCAAAAAAAACUGUGAUUCCAUAGGAUUUACAAAGAUAGUUAUCUAAUCACCUGAACCUAUCGACAGAUUUAUAUAUCUAUACAUUAACUGAUAAUGUGAAGAAAAGCGAAGAAAGAGCUGAGAAAGAUGUGUACAUUUAGAACAAUUACAAUUAUUUAUAUUACAUGAUGAAAGACUGGUUUCCCCUUUAUAUUUCUUUUUUUUUUCUAAAAAAUUGCAUGUGAAUUCAGUGAUGCUUGACGAGCUCUGCUACUCACAAACCGACCGGAGGUUAAUGUCCAGCCCCGCGUAUAUUCUUUUUCCCCUUGUUUCUUUUUUGUAUACGCCUCACCUUCUGCAACAAAAAAAAAAAAAGAACAUGACCUCGUGGGGCGUAGUAGUGGGUACAAAAGAGCAAGAGACGCAUGCUAAUUUGCUGAACCUCGUUAGUGAGGCGCUGUACAGAGAAUUUUAAUACAUUUUGUAAAUAAAAUGUACAGAAAGGA